GAUCACCAACACACACUCCAAGGUUUCCAAAUAUCCUAUCGCCAUCUGUUGUUAAUUUUUUAGAAGUCACAUACAAUUUUCUUUUCAUUCAUAAUUUUUUUGGAGUGUAAGGACAAGGAGUAAAGUUAAUUCAUUAAUGAAAAAAUCUACUGAAACGAUAUUUUAAGUGUAAAAAAGAUGUCUUCAGCAUUGUAUCUGGAACAUUACCUCGAUGGCUUGGAACAUCUGCCAAAUGAACUCCAGAGAAACUUCAAUUUAAUGCGUGAUUUGGAUUAUCGUGCUCAAACUAUCAUGCAGACAAUUGACGAAAAGUCCAAUGAGGUCCUUAACAACAUUGCUCACUCCGAUUCCACAACAGAAACUUCAAGGCGGGAGACGAUAAAACAAAUCCAAGAACUCUUCAACAAAGCCAAAGAAUUUGGAGAUGACAAGGUCCAGCUGGCAAUCCAGACUUACGAACUUGUGGACAAACACAUCCGGCGAUUGGACUCGGACUUGGCAAGAUUUGAGGGUGAAAUCCAGGAUAAGAGCAGCGUUAGUCGCGGAAAAUACGACGAUAUUUCUAAAAAGAAACGAAAAGGUAAUGAUGCAAAAUCACUGGGUAAGAAGAAGAGGCCUCACUCCUCUGAGGAUGAGGCCAAGUGGAACAAUACAAAUGCCAGUCCACAUGUUACUAAACACAAGAAACAAAAGGUAAUUCAGGAAAAAGAUAAUCGCAAAGGUCCCAAGAAAAAUGCGGACGCUGAAGAAAGAAUUGGGGACCUGGAGGGUCAUGGUACUCCUCAUCCUAGUGAUGUACUAGACAUGCCUGUAGAUCCUAAUGAGCCUACAUACUGCCUGUGUCAUCAGGUGUCAUAUGGCGAGAUGAUUGGAUGUGACAAUCCUGAUUGCCCCAUUGAGUGGUUCCACUUUGCAUGCGUUGGUCUGACGAUUAAGCCCAAGGGGAAAUGGUUUUGCCCGAAAUGCUUUCAAGAUCGCAAGAAAAAAUAAAAUGCAUCAAUUUUUUCUCAUA